AACAAUUUAAAAGCAAAAGUAAUCUUAAUGUACAUGAACGGACCCACACAGGGGAGAAGCCCUAUAAAUGCAUGGAAUGUGGAAAAAGCUUCAGUCAGAGUAGCACUCUACGUUCCCAUCACAGGAAGCACACAGGGGAGAGGCCAUAUGAAUGCAUGGAAUGUGGAAAGAGCUUCAGUCGCAGUGACAGUCUACAUUCCCAUGUAAGGACCCACACAGGGGAAAAGCCACAUAAAUGCAUGGAAUGUGGAGAAAGGUUCAUUCGCAGUGACCAUCUACAUUCCCAUCAAAUGACCCACACAGGGGACAAGCCAUAUAAAUGCACAAAAUGUGGGAAGAGCUUCAAUCGCCGUGACAAACUACAUUCCCACCAAAGGACCCACACAGGGGAGAAGCCACAUAACUGCAUGGAAUGUGGAGAAAGUUUCAGUCGCAGUGACAGUCUACGUUCCCAUCAAAGGACUCACACAGGAGAGAAACCUUAUAAAUGCAUGGAAUGCGGAAAGAGCUUCAGUCAGAGUUACAGGCUACGUUCCCAUCAAAGGAUCCACACAGGGGAGAAGCCAUAUGAAUGCAUGGAAUGUGGAGAAAGCUUCCGUCAUAGUGGACACCUGCGCUCUCAUCACAGGACCCACACAGGGGAGAAGCCAUACAGAUGCAUGGAAUGUGGAAAGAGCUUCAGUCAGAGUUACAGGCUACGUUCCCAUCACUGGACCCACACAGGAGAAAAGCCACAUAAAUGCACAGAAUGUGGAAAGAGCUUCAGUCACAGUGACAGCCUCCGUACCCAUCAAAGGACCCACACAGGGGAGAAGCCAUAUAAAUGCAUGGAAUGUGGAAAGAGCUUUAGUCGCAGUGGCAGUCUACGUUCCCAUCAAAGGACCCACACAGGGGAGAAGCCUUAGAAAUGCAUACAACGUGGAGAAAGUUUCAGUCAGAGUAUGUAUCUGCAUUCCUAUCAAAGGACGCACAUAAGAGAGAAGCCAUAUAAAUGCAUGGAAUU